AACAGGUGGCUAAGGAAACAAUUUUUCUAUUAAGUUGACUUGACCAUAAACCUCUCAUUUGCUCAUCCUCUUCCUCUUGCGUACUUGGACCAUCAUUCUUUCAAAGACUUAGUCUUCCCUUUCGUCUCUCAGUGACAUGGUAACAAAGUAACCACGUCCUUAUCCUUCUCUUCUCUCUCCAUGACAAAGAAAAGCAAUUUCGUCGAAUUGGAGAAAACACACAUCUUUUUUUUUGUUGUUGUCUCUCUACUCAUUCACACCCGGUUUUAAACGGUAGCUGUUGUCCGAUCUCUAUCCAUCAUCCUCUACUGUGUCUUUUCUUGUAAAGCACUCUCUGUUUUUAGAUUCACACCCUCUUUUUUUGUUCUUUAGAUUUGACUUGUGUAAAAACCCUGAAAACAAGAAGUGUAUAAAACAGAGAUACUUGUCUAAUAUAAUUGAGAAAAAAAAAAAGAGUUCGGCUUUUAAAUAUUGUUUGUCGGUAUGGGGCUUUGCUGGUCUUCUUCAUCUAAAUCUCCUUCAACUGCAACAACAACACCUACCACUACUGGUAAUAUCAGUUCAGGUCCGUUUAAGUCAACGACUACAGAAACAUCAAGAAGUAACAUAUCCAGCACUAGUGGAUUCUCUGCGGGAAGUGGUGGAGAUGCUUGCCCCGAGGGUCAGAUACUUCCCAUUCCCAAUCUAAGGAUAUUCAGCCUUGCAGAACUUAGAGCUGCAACCAGGAAUUUCAAGUCUGAGAAUGUUCUGGGAGAAGGAGGGUUUGGGAAAGUCUUCAAAGGCUGGCUUGAAGAGAAAGGGCCUGGGAGUCACAGCACUGGAACUGUGAUUGCUGUCAAGAAACUUAACUCCGAAAGCUUCCAAGGAUUUGAGGAAUGGCAAUGUGAGGUGAACUUUCUUGGGAGGGUUUCUCAUCCGAACUUGGUGAAGCUGUUGGGAUACUGCUUGGAAGGUGACGAGUUGCUUUUGGUGUAUGAGUACAUGCAGAAAGGAAGCUUAGAGAAUCAUCUUUUCCGAAAGGGUUCUGUUGUUCAGCCACUGUCAUGGGAAAUAAGGCUUAGGAUUGCAAUAGGAGCAGCUAAAGGCUUAGCGUUUCUUCACGCUUCAGAGAAGCAAGUCAUUUAUAGAGACUUCAAAGCUUCAAACAUUCUACUUGAUAGUUCAUACAACGCAAAGCUAUCAGAUUUUGGAUUGGCUAAGUUAGGCCCUUCCGCGAGUCAGUCUCACAUCACAACAAGGGUUAUGGGUACACACGGUUAUGCAGCUCCAGAGUAUGUUGCUACAGGUCACUUGUAUGUAAAGAGUGAUAACUACGGGUUUGGAGUCGUUUUAGCUGAGAUCUUGACUGGUUUACACGCACUUGAUCCUACCCGUCCCACCGGGCAACACAAUCUAACGGACUGGAUCAAGCCUCAUCUCUCUGAAAGAAGAAAGCUGAGGAGGAUAAUGGACCCUCGUCUAGAAGGAAAGUACCCUUUCAAAUCGGCUUUCCGAGUGGCUCAACUGUCUCUGAAAUGCCUUGAACCCGAGCCAAAGAACCGUCCAUCCAUGACAGAAGUGGUGGAGUCGCUAGAACUCAUUGUGGCUGCCAAUGAGAAACCGUUGGAACGAAGGACCACCAGAGCUUCCCCAACCGUGAGUAACCAACGAAGCCAUUAUCGCCGGGAACAUCUGUCUACAUUUCAACCGAGGCAUACCGUGGCUAGAGGUCACUAGUUUUGGUUGUUUUUGAACACUAGAUAUUCUUUUUUCCUCUCUCUCUCUCUCUCUGGUUUUGUAUUCGUUAAAAUGAUGAUUAGAAAACAAUUCAUAUGUAUACUAUAUGGAAUCAAAAGACAAGACAUAAGCAUAUGUUGUAACUAGUAAAUGUGUUGUUGUGUGUGUUUGUAGAUGCUUAUAAGAGGUUAAGAAAGUUUUGAAAUAUUAGUUAUCUA